AUGAGUUUGUUUAACGUUGCUCCAACUACAAAGCAUUUAGUUGAAUUCAAUGCCGGUAAAUGCAUUGUAGAAGGCUCCUGGAUUAAACCAGAUACAAGAAAAGGCACAGUGUACAUGGAUCAGGGCGAUGAUCAGCUUUUGCAUCUCUAUUGGAAAGAACGCAAGAACCAAGCCACUCCUGAAGACGACCUAAUCAUCUUUCCUGAUGAAGCUGAGUUCACCAAAGUCUCUCAAUGUACAACUGGUCGCGUAUACUUGCUAAAGUUCAAAACUUCCAACGAACGCCACUUUUAUUGGAUGCAAAGCAAGAAUGAUGAGAAGGAUCAAGAAACAGUCGAACGUGUUAACGAAUUGAUCCGCGAUCCUGAAGCUAGUAUGAAUGCAACUUCAGAACUCGAUGAAUCAGCCUCCCAUGCUGAACUAUUGCGUCUUUUGAAUGGCGUUGGCAAUCAAGGUAAUUAA